UUCUGAUCAUUUGCUAUAUUGCAACCGGUCCCAAAUCAAUUCGACUUUAAAAUGCUGCGAGGAGGCGUUGCAAGAUGCAGAAAUGGCCUGCCAGCUGCAGCCUUGCUGGGUGAAGGGCCACUUGCGAAAGGGACAAGCUCUUGCUAGCCUGGGGAAGACGGAAGAAGCUUUUCAUGAGUUUUUAUUCUGCCUCAUUUUGGAGGACGAGAACCAGAAGGUGAAAUCUGAGGCUCAAAGGCUUUUACUUAAUUUAUUUUCGCGUAUCCUGGGAAACACUCAGGAAAACCUGUCUGAAGUCCUCCUGCUGUUGUCCCACCACUCUAGAUUAAAAGGAAGCCUUUUAAGCUCAGUGAGAUCUGGAGGCAUCAACCAUAGCCUGCCAAGUUUGCUGAAGGUUAGCACGGACCAGGAAAAGCACUGUGAAGACCAGAAAAUGACCCACUGUGGCAACUCAGGAAAACCCUUCCAAAGCCAUGAAGGAAGCUUGGAAGAAAACGGAGCUGUCUCCUCAGCAGUGGAGACUGCCCCUGAGAAAAUUGGGCCCUCAAAGAAAAGGCGCCAUGCUGAAGUGGCUGCGAAUUCUGAUCAGCCUCACAAAAUGGCCAAAAGGGAUCAAAGUGAUGAGAAGGAAUCCAGCGCUGGAAAUUGCAUCGUCUUUGAAUGUGUGGAUGCAGCUGACCUGGAAUGUUCUCUGUGCAUGAGACUCUUCUAUGAACCUGUUACCACCCCCUGCGGGCACACUUUCUGCCUCAAAUGCCUUGAACGAUGCCUGGAUCAUAACCCAAAGUGCCCCUUGUGCAAAGAGGACCUCUUGGAGUGCUUGGCCAUGAAGAAACAUUGCAAGACGGUGCUGAUGGAGGAAUUAAUUGCAAAGUACCUGCCGGUGGAACUCACCGAAAGAAGAAAGCUUUAUGAAGAGGAAAUGGCUGAAUUUUCCAAUUUGAACAAGAACGUUCCUAUAUUUGUCUGCACGAUGGCCUAUCCCACGGUCCCCUGCCCUCUGCACAUCUUUGAGCCCUGCUACCGAUUGAUGGUUCGGAGGUGCAUGGAGACCGGCACCAAACAGUUUGGCAUGUGUAUUGGGGAUCCCGUCAAAGGGUUUGCAGAUUAUGGUUGUAUCCUAGAGAUAAGGAACGUUGAAGUCUUCACCGAUGGGCGGUCUGUGGUGGAUAGCGUUGGCAAGAGGCGGUUUAAGGUGAUACAGCACAGCCAGUGUGACGGCUACAACACGGCGGAUAUUGAGUACAUCGAAGACAAGAUGGUCCAAGGAGAGGAUCGUGCCGGAUUGAUGCUCCUCCAUGAUUUCGUGUAUGACCAGGCCUACAGGUGGUUCAGCUCUCUGAAAUCUGCACUCAAGAUUCGCAUUCUCCAUCACUUUGGUCCAAUGCCUCUUAAAGAAUCAGACCCACAGAUGAACCCUGAUGGCCCCGCCUGGUGCUGGUGGAUAUUGGCUGUUCUUCCCCUGGAGAGCAGAGCACAGCUUCCGUUCCUGGCCAUGACAUCCCUGAAAGCUCGUCUGAACGGCAUCAGGAACAUUUUAGCCUUCCUUUCCCGCACUCGGUCACAGUGACGCCCCCGGACUGUGUGAAUUCCCUUGCCUUUGAGGCCUUGUCUCGUCUCACGCACUACUUCCAGUUGUUGACUGGCUGCGCAGAAGGCAAAUGAACAUGGUGGGAGCCUUAAAUUCUCAGGACUGAAGUUCCUCUUCCCACCUCAUGGAUGAGAAGGUCCUCUCUUUCUCUCUCUCGCUGCAAUAAUUUUUCAGCUGCUCCCAGCUUGAGUUGGUCUGCAGCGCAGAAACAAUGCUAAAUUUUCUAUAGGAGACAUCAGCAGGGCAAUUCCAAGCAAGGUUUACUUGGGAGUAAGUCCCAGGGAGUGCUGUGGGUCUUCGCUUCCUCCAAACUCUGCUAAGUUUUCUGAAGUUUCUUUUUCAGCAGCUGCCCUAUGUUAAAACAAAUUGCCCAAGUAAUUUAUCGGCAUCCAUCUGUCAACUGCAGUAGAGGUGGACAAAGCAGAUGCGAGCUUGUUUGUCAUCACAUUCUUUGGGUCAAGGAUUGCUUUUUUUUUAAUUUUAUCUAAAUUUGCAACUGUUUCAUUAAAAGAAGUCCAGUUAAUGUGAAGCUAAAAUAUUAACAGAUCAGGAAGAACCUGCUUGCACCUUUUCCAACUAAUACAUCUUAUUAAAAGGCACAAGCUUCACCAAAGCGGAUGUCUUUUAAUAGAAAUUGCCAGUCAGAAAAGGUGAUACCAAACUCUUCCUGAUUUUUAUUUUGCUACCAUAGACCAACCUGACUCUCUUCCUAUAAUGCCUGAAUUUUUAACAGCGCCAAUGAGUUGCUAAGAUCUUCCAAAGGAUUCAGGAAUAACUAUAUCACUUUGGUCACAGAUUUUUCUGCUGCUUUUUUCUUUGAACUAUUUUUUUUUUCAGUUGUAAAUAAGUGCAAGAUCCUAUGUGUGUUUACUCAAAAGUAAAUCCCAUUGAAGUUAA